AUGGAACAGUUUAAUGCUAUGCAUCAAGAUAAGCUUCUUGUUGAUCAGUUAACUCAAGGUUGGGAGACCGCCAACCAGCUGAAAGGCCACCUGCCUGAUGAUGUGAAUUCUGAAGCAUUGAUUCAAAAGAUCCUUUCCACUUAUGAUAAAGCCCUGGCCAUGUUAACUGGGAGCUGGAGAGCCAUGACGGAAGAAGAUUUGACGCCGAAUUCGCCUGAAUUCGGUACCGGCCGGAUGUCUAUGGGAUUGCCCUCUCCCCUGAAUCACCCUCAUUCACCAAUUGCGAGCACCCCUUCCAGUGAAGUUUCAAAUGGUGAAAAACGCCAAAAGAAUGUGUCCAGAAAGAGGAAAAUAUCAGCAAAAUGGAACCAAGAAGUUCAAGUUUGCUCAGUAAGGCAAGAUGGUGUCUCUCUUGAUGAUGGAUAUAGCUGGAGAAAAUAUGGGCAGAAAGAUAUUUUAGGUGCCACUCAUCCAAGGAAUUACUAUAGAUGCACUCAUAGAAAUUCAAGAGGAUGUUUGGCAACCAAGCAAGUGCAGAGGAAAGAUGAAGAUCCAUCCACACUUGAGAUCAUCUACAAAGGCAAACACACUUGCUCUUAUCAGACCGCAAAUUCGACUUCAACCAUCACAUUUUCUGAGCCUGAAAAGCCCACUAAGUCCCGAAAAACAACACCACCUAACCAAGAAGUUACAACUCAGCAACAAACGUUACAAAACCUAGCACAAGGCCUUACAGUUGAAACUGAUCAUUCGUCCAUCAACAAGAUGAAUACUAAUAUUGAUCAAGCAAUACAAGGCGAAGGAGAAGUCAUUUUUCAUCCAUUCUCCUUUCCUUUCACAACAAUGGAUGAGCUUGAAAAUCAACAAGAUGUCCACUUCUUUUCUGAUGCUGAAUUGAUGGAUGGCUGUUCUCCAACCACCACGACAACAUCCGAUUCCUGCUACUUUUCUUCGUCAUCACCAUUCGAUAUGAUCAGUUCAAAGUAUGAUCUUACCAAUCUCAUCACCACUCCAACUUCAGCCAUCAAUUCGCCUUUCGAGGAACUCGAUCAUUUCUUAGUCGAUGAUGAUCUCGCGGAUUGUGAUCCGAAUAUCCCACUCGAUUCCUUCGCAUACUUGGCUUGA